AUGCUCCAUAUUCUUGCCACCUCCACAAUUUCAGUUCUAUCAACCACCAUGAUCAGAAAUAUCCAAAAGAGUGCCGUCAGAGCAUGGCUAUUGCCUAUUUCUAGAUCAAGAGAUAUAUCUCAUUCGGCUCGUUGUUUUCAAGUAUCAAGAGAGGAUGAAAAAGCAAGACCAGAGCUCAAGAUCAACACCACUUCUGAAAAUGACUUGAUCCACAACUCCAUUGACCAAAACGAGGUGGAGACGAUCGAAAAAGACCUUGCAGAGAGCGAAAAUCAAUCACAGGAUUCGGUGGAAGCAUAUGAGUUGGAUUUUUCGGGCGAACUUCCAAAUGAACUCGUCUCUGAAAAUCAAUCAUCCGCACAACUGGGCGACGACAUAUCGGUACCAUGGUAUCUCCGGCAAGAAGUUACCUCAAAUCUCCUUGAUGGAAAAGAUAUCAAAAUCCCAGACAUUCCCGCGGACAGUCCUCCGCAUUUAAGUGAGUUCCUAGACCUUUUGGCGAAAGACUUAGGUAUAGAUGAGCUACUGAUUUUCGAUAUCAAAUCUCUAGAUGACAGUCAUGAAUUCAAAUUGAAUCGCAAUGACUUAGAUUACAUCAUUAUUGGUACAGGAAAGUCCGAAAGACACAUCUACAAAGCCGCCAGCGAGCUUAGAACACACAUUAAACAUCAAUAUGGAGUGAUUCCCUCAAUCCAGGGUAUGGUAUCCUCAGCAAAAACUCCUGCGAUGCGCCGUAGGCUUUUAAGGAGGGCACGCAAAGGGCCAUCAGCAACUGACAAUGAUUACGGCUUUUCCGCAAACAGUUGGAUCUUAUGUCUUCACGAUGGUGUUGAGGUUCACAUGCUCACCGAACGCCGAAGAUCCGAAUUGAAUUUAGAGCUGAUAUGGUGUGCCCCUGAAGACCGCAAACUUUACGAAAAGGAAGAAGUUAUUGACUACGAAUCAGAUAAUGUCCUUCACAAUUUCGCACGUCGUCGUGGAACUAGAGCAUACCACACAAGUACCCGCUCAUAUUCCACUCAUGCCAGUAAUGCUGGAGAAUUAGAUCAUCUCUUGGAAUCACUCAAUCGGCUACCACAAGAUGCCUCCAGCGAUCGAAUUCUCGAAUUAAAGAGAGACUUUGAAGACCUAUUCCAAGGAGCCGAUGUAAAGGAGUUCGACAUUCGCACUAGCUUUCUUAAAUCAAUUCAUCUCGUGAGAUCGGAUCUAGUCCCUUUCCAAGAAGUGGAGGACUCCAUUUUACAAAAGCAUGCUUCCAAGCUCGCCUUGACCUACAAUUCAUUAGAAGAAAAAGUUAAUGACGUAACGAAAUAUGCACAGCUUCUUUUGGACACUCCAGAGAUCAUAAGAAAUUCAAAGGUUUCAUCAGACAAUUCUCUAGAUAAGCUUUCCCGCUUUAUCUCCACGUUAUUUGAGUUUUCGAACGAGGAAUUUUCCCUUAGUGCAGACACUCGCUUCUUGCCGUUAGUCUGGAGACUCGCAUACACCGACUCUGAUAACCUCGUACACUCCAAGAUGGUAUCGGAUAUAAUUGAUGGCAAAAGAAAGCUCGUUCCAAACAACACUGGCACAUACUCCACUUUGGCAUCAAACAAAAUGAGAGAUAUUCUUGCUAUUGCUUCUCAUCAGGAUAAAAUAGUAGAGAACGGCGAGUUGGCUUCUCAAAACGAGGCGAUUUUGUUUACGUACGGAAAUUGUGGGAAAUGGGAAAAAUUUUGGCAACAAUGGGAGCGCACAUCAUUUCUAGGAACAUGCACGCCGGCUGAAAAAUUGGACUCAUUUGUGCGUCUUGCAGUAUUUUUGGCAUUGAAAAGUAAUAAGUCGCAAUCAUACAAGUUCCUUAGAGAUUUAUGGACCGAGACUCCAGGAACCACUGGAGGAUUCAUGGGUGCUCUAGCACAAAACUCCAACAAAUUUGAUUCUGAGACGCAAAGAGAUGCUUUUCUCCUCGCUGUGAACAGUAUGGUCACCCUGAUUCAGCCUGAAGAUAUGACUUUCUUCCGAGCAAUCAGAAGCAAUCUUGCACAAAUGAAGAAGGAUGUCUUCAUAGCAAGUUAG